AGAGGAGAGCAAGAACGCGAUCUGAAAAACGAAAGAAAGAAAGAGACAGAGGCGAGAAUUUGUACGUUUCAGAGUUGAUUAGAAACAAGUAGUAUCCUAAUUCAAAAUCGAGUUCAAUCACCCCCCUCAACAUUGGAGAAAUUAUGGCUUCGAAUCCACCGCUAAAUCCUUCACUGCUUCCCGAGAUCGGCCCCGAUGGCCUCCCUCGCGAAGCCCCCGUCAUUGCCUACACUGAGAAGAUAAUCGAGGAAGAGCAACUUCAAUUAAGGAAAUACAUUGAAGAAAACUAUUCUAGAAUCCGCGAUGUUGAACGCAAGCUAGCAAACCUUACAAUGGAAAUGAAACUCACAGCUGGGCCAAAGAAAGCAGCACUUGAACAUUUAAGAAAGAAAAUAGAGAUUCAAACAGAAAGAAUACGUUUGGCCAAGCUGAAGGAAGAACAAGCACAGAAGGCAUGGGAAGCAGCAUCAAAGGCUGUGAAGGAUGAGGAGGAAAUGAAGCAAAAGCUAUGUGAAGACUUAAACCAGCUGGUUCACGAAAGCAGCAACACGCAGUUUUCUAGACUAGAGGAGUUAAAAAGACGAUUGGAAGCUUUGAACCCAAGUAGAGCAUCAACGAAUUUUGUUCCUCAUGAUGGGAAAGCAACCGGACCUGCUCAGACAAUCUUGGCUCCAGAUGCUUCCUCAGCUACAAAUUCAACAGAACAAAGUGGUGGUGCCAGAAAAACCAUCCCAAAUGAGGGAAAUGGCGGAAACGUUCCUGUGACGAAUGGGCUUAACCAACAGGCUUCAGUUGAGGGAGAAGGAAGAGGGAAGAAGAAAAGUCAGUUCCACGGCCGAGGAAAAGGAAUUGGGGCUGUGCCUAAAGGCAGAGGAUCUCCUGCUCCUGGCUGGACAGGGGCUGGGUUCGAUGUUGAUGGCAGAACUUGAAAGUGCAUCAAUUGGGAUUUAGUCCUUGAAGCCCCUGGACUGGUAAAGUAAAGCUACAUUUUUUUUUUGUUUUGCUAUCAUUGGACGCAAGUUCAGUCCAGAUAUCUUCCCAUUGUUUACUUGUUAAUGGUAAUGUUACUUUUCUUUCUGUUGUAUUUUACUUAAUUGACUACAUCAUGUUCAUAGAAAAGUGGACAACAAAAGUUAAGAAUAGUGAUAUAA